AGUGUUCUCCCACCUCCACCACCCCGCUACACUAUCCCCGUCGCUUAUGCGGCGGGGGCUUCCAAUGGCAUGGCGGUCCCUGUUGUCGAAACGAACAACACCAUCUCUCAUCCCGAAGGCGGAUGUUCAUUGCAAGUUGGUGAAGGAACUUACACUCUGAAAGAUGACCUUCUACUCGCAACACCCCCGCCCCAUCCAUCUGAAGCCCCGAUAAUAAAUCCAAACCCUCUUGCGACGGUCCCAACGCCUCCCACAUCCGGUGUCAAGUUGUCUUUGGUUAGUCUUGACCCUCGGAAGAAGCCACCGAUAUUCCUGAAAGCCGCCGCCGCGGCACCGCAAUUUGGAGACGGAAACCCAGCGCUUGCUCCGCCAGCGUCGACAUCAAAAGAUGGUCUGAAGAGGCGCAAGCCGAAGAACAAUAUCAUCAAGAGUAGCUCCUCGUUUGUUUCCAGAGUCAUCACUCACGAGACCUCCGCCAAGCGGCUGAAUGACCGUGAUCCAAAUGGGGUCUUCGCCUUCGCCAAUAUCAACCGUGCUUUUCAGUGGCUCGACAUCAACUCUGCCCAGAAAGAGGAGCAUCUCACCAAGGUUCUCUUCACCAAGGCCCACAUGCUGUGCCAUGAUAUCAACGACCUGACCAAGACUUCUUCUCAUCUGGACAUUGUGAUGGGCUCUUCAGCUGGCGACAUCAUUUGGUAUGAGCCCAUGUCGCAGAAGUAUGCUCGGAUCAACAAAAACGGCGUGAUCAACAACUCCCCUGUCACCCACAUCAAAUGGCUCCCAGGAUCCGAGAACCUUUUUAUUGCAUCUCACGCCAACGGUGUCUUAGUGGUUUACGAUAAGGAAAAGGAUGAUGCUUUGUUUACACCCGAAGCUAUCAUUGAAAAAGAGGGCAACCGAUUACCCCUGGAAAUUUUGAAAUCGGUCAACUCGAGGAAUCAGAAGACCAACCCAGUUUCACUGUGGAAAUUGGCGAGCCAGAAGAUUUCGCAUUUUGCUUUCUCGCCAGACCAGAAGCAUCUCGCUGUGGUUUUGGAAGACGGCUCUCUUCGUCUCUUGGAUUAUCGGAAAGAGGAGGUCUUGGACAUUUUUCGCAGCUACUACGGCGGAUUGAUCUGUGUCUGCUGGUCACCCGAUGGUAAAUAUAUCGUGACUGGUGGUCAGGAUGACCUGCUCACGAUUUGGUCAUUCCCUGAGCGCAAGAUCGUUGCCCGGUGCCAAGGCCACAACUCCUGGGUAGCGGCGGUCGCCUUUGAUCCGUGGCGCUGCGAUCAGAAGACAUACCGAUUCGGCAGUGUCGGUGAUGAUUGUCGAUUGCUUCUGUGGGACUUUAGCGUCGGCAUGCUGCAUCGUCCCCGAGCGCACCACGCCAAUACUCGUAACCGCACCAGCAUUGUAGCACCCAGUGUUCAACCGUCCAACCGCCAUCGUGCUGACAGUGGCGGCAAUCGCGUGAGAUCGGAUUCCGAUGGAACCGAGAAUUACGAGGCCAACCAGACUACCAGCCACCCUGUUGAGCCUCGGUCCCGAACGGCUUUGUUGCCGCCGAUCAUGUCUAAAAUCGUCGGAGAAGAUCCUAUUGCUUGGCUCGGAUUCCAGAAUGAUUGUAUCAUGACAUCCUCUCUCGAAGGCCAUGUCCGCACUUGGGACCGACCCCGCGACAGCGUUGUCAACCAUGACCGUCGUCGCUGA